UUGUGCGUACCUGUGAGACUUGUGCGAGUGGACAGACUCAACACUGUGUUCAACUGUCCUUCCCCUGAGCAGCCCCUGCUGCAGCGCAUCCCUGAUCACUCGGACCUGUUCCUGUGUGGAUUUAACUUUCCUUCAGCAGGACUGAGGAAAACAACUGCAAACCAAGGAGAACAUUCAGGAUCAAUAAAGACACCAGAGGAAUACUGAUCAAGAUGUUGAUCACCAUGCUAACUGCCAUGUACAUGAUGGUCAGAGUGGUAGAAUCGAUAGGCAUGCGAUUUGCACAGCAACAGGAACCUUUGCCUUACAUGGUGUCUCAGCCGCUGCCUUGGCAGGUUCACUCUGUGUCACACAGCCGGAGGAGCAGUAAAGCAGAAGAGUUUGAUGGCCUCAGGAGAAACAGCAUAGGCGUGUAUAGAAAGAACUAUGUCUCCAUGGCUAUUGCCUCUGCCUCUCUGGCUAUCCCCUGUGUCCUAUCGUGCUCAGACUCCAAUGCCAGCAAUGGGAAUUGCACUGCACCUCCUGCUCCUCCGCUCAGCCCUGUUGAAGCUGAGAAGGCCGCUGCUACCAUUCAGACCCAUUUCAGGAAGUUUCAACAGAAGAAACAGAAGAACGGCAAGUAGACGGAUGAAGAGGGAGGGUGGUGCUGAUGGAACAAGUCUGAGAGACAGCAAGAAGAAAGUUUGGCCUGUGUGUAUUCACCAAAAAAUAGAUGGACUCUGUGAUGACAUACACAAAUGCAUAUGUAUGUUCAUAUGCAAAUGUACAUACAUUCAAAUUUAUUUAUAUCUCCCUGGACUAGUGAUUCAGAAUAAACAGUAACUUAGUUGACAUUUGAAACACUGCUUAUAAUGCACUAUUUAAAAUUCUAUGUGAACAGAAAUGUGAAUAUACUGUAUAUCUGAAUGGAUAGUUUUGAUGUGUUGUAAAGGCAGAGCGACCGUGAGAAUGUGUGUGACUGUGAGCAUGCUGUAAUUUAUAUAUUAUUACUGUUUUGAGUGUGUAAAUGUGGAAAAAUAAAAUCAUUUGUCAACAUUUCUGUUGUUUGACAAACUAAAUUUGGUUCAAACAUUUCAAUAAACUCAUCUGUCAGCAUGUGUUGUUUCAUAGCAGCAUGUUGCCCUCUAGUGUUUUGAUUAGUUUCUGAAUCUCAUUUUGAAUGAGCAGUAUAUUUUCAAUUCAUAAUGCAAUAGUAGCCUCAAAACUCCACAUUCAGGUUCUUGCUGUUCUUUUUUUUUUUUUUUUUUAAAGAAUACGUUAAUUUUUAAGUGGCUUUAUGGAGGCACUGAAUUAAAUUAGAUGCUCAUUACUAUAAUUGUUGUAAUCACAAUUUUACAAAAUAAUAAGCGGCUGUUCGCUCAUUCAGAGCAAAGCAGCAACCAAUCAAAUAACCUUGCUGCAUUUGUCUUGAUUGAAAAGAUUUGAUGAAAAGAAACAUUAUGAAGUAAAACUGGAGCUGAGCUAAAAACACUGUUUAAAAUAAAAUCUGCCACUACAGGAGAAACAAGAUUAUUUUACCGGUUGAUUUUGAAACAAAAUGACAGUAUUAGAAUUUUCUACAGUUUCAUGGUUAUAGUCUACACUUUGUCAAUAUUUAAUCAAAUAAUUACCUGCCACUUAACUUUAAACACUUUGGAUUUUUAUAAGGGGCUGACAAGUUGAAGACAACGUAAACAAUAAAUGUUUAAAUGCUCUUUUAAGCUCCCAAGCAGCAAAUUUGUUGUAUUUUGUUGUGUGUGGGUGGCACUGUCGCCUUUCAGAAAAAGAGUCCUGGGUUCAAAUCUGUGUUUCUGUAUGACGUUUGCAUGUUCACUUCCAGCAACAGACAUAUAAAGUUGGUAAUUCUAAACUGA